AUGAGUCGGAACGAAUCCGCUCUCGACUCAAAGAGACUCGCUCCGCGCUCAUUUCCGCCGAUUAGCGGCCGAAGGAACAUCGCUAAUGGGCCGGCUAUUAUUUCAUUUUCCGGCUUCGAGAAAAUUGCCUUAAUUCGCGGCCGCACGACGCUUUGUCUGCGCCUCGCGAACAACGAAGCUAAAACCCCAGGCUCAGUGCCGAGUCGUUCGACUCGCGCCACUGAGCCUGUAGCAUCUGCGGACCAUAACUAUGAGUAA